UUGUUUCCAGAUCAGACAUUUGAACUCGGCGCUUGAAUGGCCUUCAGUCGCUUCGACGGUGCUUUUGGCGGCCUCUGGCGGCCGCGGUGUGGAACUGCUGUUGAGGCGGUGGCAUGAAGAAGGCGCGCGCUUUGCCUCGUGCCGCAGUUUGGAAGGUGGAUGAAAGCGGAGCUCCAGAGAAAGAUGGCAGAGCGCUAAUUUAGUCCGAGUUUACAGGAAAAAUCACCACAAACCCAGUGUUGAGUCAUUUAACGAAAGGAUUUUCUUCCAGUAAGAGGUGAGAAUUUAUUUUCUUCCUUUGAAAUCCAUAUGAUUGAAGUAAAAGGGCUCCAUUAGGAGGAUGUAAAUACCUAAAGUAAGAAUUUUGACUAUGUUUUAAUUUGCCUUUUGGCUUGUUUUGAUGUGGACUUGCAGGUAGAGGUUGGCUCGUCAUUCACAUAUAUAGAAAGAGUCUGUACAUGUGUUUGUUCUGCUGUGGCUCUGCUGGUAAUCCUGGAUUUCUCCUAAUCCCACGGCUCCUUUGCCACACACACACCCUCCACAGAUCAUCCUAACAGGAGUCACGCCGUGGGUUACAGAGGCACUCAGCUGGCUGGUGAGGUCCGCUCAGAAACACGUUAACAUCGAGUGUUUGGGUUUAUCCAGCACCUUAGGGACAUUUCUAUGAAACAAACAUCUUUUAUCCUCAUAGGGAGAAAUGUUUUGUGAAAGAAAAGCAGAUUUUCAGCAUGGAUGCUGUUCUCUUCCCACAGAAUUGUCAGACCUCUAGGGUCUCUGUUUGCAUGUGUUUUGGCUCAGCUGCCUCCUCUACCGAAGGAACAGCAAAUCCCCUCAGUGCAGAGGCGGACUGACUGCUGAAUCAACAGCAAGCCGGUCCAACAAUCCCACACAUCCUUCCAAAAGAGCUCUGUGCUGCUGCUUCACAACUCCAGGGGAAUAAAGUUGCAGGAUCAAGACGCACUGACCCACGCACGCCAUAAAAUCCUGUUACUGUGCACUAUUUUCAUCCUGUUCCCACGCUGGCUGUAGUUGUCACUGACUCUGUGGUUUUCUGAGAGGAGAGAGACGCCUCCUCUGCGUGUGGGCUCUGCCCCCACACACACACACACACACACACACACACACUAAUCACCUCUCAUAACAAGCCCUCAGCAGGAUUGGAGUGCAGAGCUCUGCUGAAGGUUCUGCAGUGCUCCUCUUGCUUCACACCUCGCGAUUUGUGCUCUCUCAUCAAUUUGCACCCGGAGCUCGGUCAGCUGCAGUUUGCCUCCAGCUCCUGACAGAACGAGCGCCAGCACACUGAAGGUUUUUUAUUAUCGUACCAAAGGGCACCGGCCUCGCUCCUCUGCUGCCAGCAUGAUGAAAAGCUGCCUGCAGUUCCUUGUCGAACCGGCCAAGAGGCUGAAAAUCAGACUCGAGGAGUCCCGUAAGAGAGUGAAACAGGAGAAGAAGGAGCCUUUGGUGGAGAGUCAGGUAUUUGUCAUGGAACUGGCUCGAGAGCUGAACAGAAUCUGCCAGAGGUCAAACGUCCUGUCCCACAUCUGGACAGGUGAGGACGUCUGGCCACCCAGCGUGUGCCGCAACUUCAUGGUGGACUGGGCUGCAGUGCUGGAGAAGAGAGUCCAGAAGAUCGAGCCCUCUGAGUACCAGUAUGAGACGCCCCAGAAGAGGGACUGGAAGGGACACCUCAUCUGCAUGCUGGAGUCGGGGGGCGAGUAUGACAUGGGACCUCACAAAAGGGUCAUCAUGGACUGGACGCGGGAGAUUAAAAGCAAGGCUCAGCCCGCCGUCUGGCCCGGCGAGCCAGUGCUCAUGGUUCUGGAUGACCUGGAGUUUCAAUGGAAGAGGGGCCGCCUGCCCAACCUGCUGCUAGCCGUGGAGCUCGUCAUGCUGGCCGUGCUGAAUGCCGACAGCCCAGAAAAGGAGGACGUGACCCAGCAGUGGCUCGUGAAGAAGCAACGGAGCCAGAGGAUCGAUGCUGUUCACUACAUCCCGCACAGUGUGUGGAACUGGAUCUGUGAUGCAGCAGAGGACGUCACCCUGGACUCAGAGUCGGCUAACCCCGACCUGCUCAUCUCCAGUGAUGACAAACGCAUGCGCUGUGGUCUGGAACGCCGUGAUGUUCCUUUGUGCCAGCGGCGCUUCGAUGGCUGGUGGUGCGCCGUGGGCCAGGAGGGCUACACCUCCGGACGCCACUACUGGGAGGUAGAGGUGGGCGAGCGGGACUGGAGGCUGGGUGUGGCUAAAGCGUCAGCUGUGAGGAAGGGCUUCCGCUCAUUGAACACAGACGUGGGCUACCUGACUAUCCGUCUGGAGAGAGGUACGGAUCUGAAGGCCCUGACGGUGCCGACCACCCCCUUACCCCAAAAGCAGAUCCCCAGGAAGGUCGGGGUGCAUCUGGACUACGAGCAUGGCCAGCUGUCCUUCUACGAUGUGGAGAAGCGCUCACAUUUGUUCACUUACAGCGAGAACUUCACAGAGAAACUGUACCCUUUGUUUGGGACUGUGGAGGUGGUGAAAGACCUGGUGAUCCGGCCUGCGGGGGUCCGCGAGCCAUGCCUCUGUCCCGGGCCCUGCCUGUGGAACUGAUCCCAGCAGCGUCUGGAAUCUCCGCUACUCUGGUCUGUCCGGACCUCGAGCUCUGGCUGAGACUCUGGUUCCUCAUGUGGUGAGCCUCGUUGGAUCAGGAACAAGAACCGCCAUUCUUCUACAUCAUAAUUUUAGUUUCUCCGCCUUCACGGAGACGCACUACUCCACCACUAGGGGUCAGUAUUUAAACAGAGACAGAUUAAAACAUGACUUCACUCUGCUGGGGUCUGUUAGCCUGGCAAGCCAGACUAAAUAAAUGUAUUAUUUAGUCUGGCCACGCUCCAUUGACGGCUCUCGGCUGUGGGGGCGGGUUCUACCGUUGUAUUUCAAAUGAUCUCCGCAUUCCACUGGACAACGAAUGUGACAUACUCUUGUUUCACUCUGUUGCAUCAUCCCACCCACCAGGCAUAUAGAGUGCCCUGAUUGGCCCACAAAGCGGAUAAAGCUCUGUGAUUUGUUCACUAAGCAGAUAGAGCACUAUGAUUGGCCCACCAUUAUGGACCAAUCACAGCUCUUUAUGUGCUUGAAACCCCUCUAGAGAGUUGUGAUUGGCUAGCCAGAGUCCUGGUAGGAGCUGCUGAGGUUCCAAUGGACUCCGCCUAGACCAAACUUUGCAAAGCAAGAAUUUGGUCUAGUUCACUCUGCUGGGGUCUGUGGGGCAUUUAGGAGGAAAACCGGAACUAGAUUUUCAUACCAACGUUAUAAACCUGAGUUUUUCAUCUGUUGUUAAAGAACCUGGAUGUUUUCAGAUGGUGCCUGUGUGUGUAUGUGUGUGUGUGUGUGUGCGUUAGCUGCUGCAGAUAGCCAGGCAUGUGAACAGUUAAUCUCAGCUUCGUCUCAAGCUUCCUGUAAACAUCUACAGGCACGAGCUGCUUAUGCAGCCGCGUUGUUUGUCUGAGAAAUAAAAUUAGGGCAAUGCUUCUUUUCUCUCUCUCCCAAAUGUAAAUAAACUCAAUAAACAUU